AUGCUUGGGAUUACUCUCAAGCGGCACGAGCACCACUUGCGCAAGCAUCGGAUGCAGCGGGAGGCCAUCGCCAGCAUCAAGCAAGCCGUCUUGUACCUCGGACCCAUUGGUCUUCGGAUUAGGACUGGCUGCUUGAGAGAGUCCUUCGGAAUCAUGCUCGGAGCCCUGGCGAUCUUCGCUCUGAUCCCGCUUGCCGCUCUGGGAGUGAAGGCGCUGCAGCAGCUCAACGAACGGUGCGCAAGUUCCACCCCGGCUGGCAGCAAGGAUGAGAUGGAGACCUCCUGGAAGGACUUGGAG